GUUCAACCCAUUUCCGUCCCGCUUCAGUGAUCGCUCUCUCUUUAUUUUUGUUCCGGAAUGGUGAAGCUCAACAUCUCCUACCCGGCCACCGGCUCGCAGAAGUCCAUCACCAUUGAGGACGAGAAGAAGCUCCGCCCCUUCUACGACAAGCGCAUCUCGCAGGAGGUCGAGGGUGACUUCCUCGGUGACGAGUUCAAGGGCUAUGUCUUCCGCAUCUCUGGCGGCAACGACAAGCAGGGUUUCGCCAUGGUCCAGGGUGUCCUCACCAACGGCCGUGUCCGCCUGCUCCUCAAGGAAGGCCACAAGACUUACCGCCCUCGCCGCGCUGGUGAGCGCAAGCGCAAGUCCGUCCGCGGCUGCAUUGUCGACCAGAACCUGUCGACCCUCAACCUUGUCAUUGUCAAGAAGGGCGAGCAGGAGCUUGCUGGCAUCACCGAUGUCACCCAGCCCCGCCGUCUUGGCCCCAAGCGUGCCUCGCGCAUCCGCAAGCUUUUCAACCUGUCCAAGGACGACGACGUCCGCAAGUACGUCAUCCGCCGCAAGAUUGAGAAGGAGGGCAAGAAGCCAACCACCAAGGCUCCCCGCAUCCAGCGCCUCGUGACCUCGGUUACCCUCCAGCGCAAGCGCCACCGCGCUGCUCUCCAGACUGCCCGUGCCACCAAGGCCGCGCAACAGAAGCAGGAGUACACCACCCUCAUUGCCCAGCGCCAGAAGGCUGCCCGCGACGCCCUCAUCAACAAGCGCCGUGGCAUCAAGGCCCCCGUCGCCGCUGCCCCCGUUAAGGCCGCUGCUGCCCCCGCUAAGGCUGCCGCUGCUCCUGCUAAGGCUGCCGCUGCCCCCGCUAAGGCUGCUGCCCCCGCUAAGGCCGCCGCUGCCCCCGCCAAGGCUGCCCCCGCUAAGGCUGCCGCUGCCCCCGCUCCCAAGGGCAAGGGCAAGUAAAUGUCCGUCUGAUCCUGUGUCCUGACUGAUGGGCGUUUAGUUGUUUUACCCGUUUCGUCGCCCAUGUCCGUGCGAGAAAGCAACAAAACAAUUAAAAAAUUCAAAUUUCA